GUUGCCCCGCCCCGGUGAGGUGAGAGGAAGUGGAUGGAAACAAGCAGGCCAGACCGACUCUGACAGCAGAAAUACGUCUGUCGCCGGGGAACAAAACACUCGUAAAAUACCGGACCCUGGCGCCUGGCCUUUGUCGCGAAAGUCCGGAUGGUGUAGAAGUAGAAGACACAUCAACAUGGUACACACUUGGAAGCGUCUCUCGACGAUGCUGAAACUACGGGUGUCACUUUUCGCCUUUCUUCUCGGUCUCGUCUCACCCGCCGACGCCAGGCUCCACCGGACACGACGCCUCAGCCCCACCACGGAGGAAACGGUAGAAACUUAUAACAGAUACUACAAUUACGUUAGCCUGACCGGACGUCUACAGUCCUUAGCCGGGAAAUACCCUCACAUAGCCAACCUGUCGAGCAUAGGUCAGUCUGUGGAGGGCAGGGAGCUCUGGGUGAUGCGGAUCACCAAGGACCCAGACGUAGACUCACCGGGGAAACCGAAAUUUAAGUACGUUGGCAACAUGCACGGCGACGAAACCGUGUCCAGGCAGGUGCUGGUGUACCUUGUGGAGUACCUGCUAACUAAAUAUGGGGAGGAGCAGCGCAUUACCGAGCUGGUAAACGCCACGGAUAUUUACAUCAUGCCGAGCAUGAACCCCGACGGCUUUGAGAAGUCCAGAGAGGGGGACUGCAAUGGCGACAGCCGCGGUCGAAAUAAUGCCAAAAAUAUGGACCUCAACAGAAGCUUUCCUGACCAGUAUGACGGGACGACUGUCGCUCCAGAUAAUAUACCCGAGAUCGUGGCUGUGAUCAGAUGGAUCCAGGAGAAAAAAUUUGUGCUUUCAGGGAACCUGCAUGGUGGAACUGUGGUCGCUAGUUACCCUUUUGAUGACUCAGCCUUCCACCAGCGACAGGGCCACUACAGCCAGUCAGAGGACGACAGUCUGUUUCGCUACUUGGCCCUGGUGUAUUCCCAGAACCACCCUGUGAUGAAGACUGGCGAGCCCAACUGUCCUGAUGCCCUGGAAGAAACUUUUAAAGAUGGCAUCACCAAUGGAGCACAGUGGUAUGACGUGCCUGGAGGGAUGCAGGACUACAACUACCUCUAUGGAAACUGUCUGGAGAUCACCAUGGAGCUGAGCUGCUGCAAAUAUCCUCCUGCUACUGAGCUCCAUAAGGAAUGGGAUCUGAACAGGGAAUCCCUACUAGCCUACAUGGAAAAGGUACAUAUAGGUGUUCGUGGAUAUGUCAAAGAGUCCGUCAGUGGCGCUGCCCUCACCAAUGUCAGCAUUGUGGUGGCAGGCAUUCGCCACAACCUGACCACCGGAAAGUAUGGCGACUACUACCGCCUUCUGCUCCCAGGCACAUACAACAUCACAGCUGUGUCCCCAGGGUACACAUCAAUGACAUUCCACAAUGUCCAGGUCAUGGAGGACAAAGCCACAAAACUUAACUUUACCUUGGCAGCUGUGGGCAGUGAGGCUGCAGGUAGCAGCAUUGUGCCUACGUACUCCACGCCAUCCACCAGUGUUCCAGACAUCUCCACCACCACUACAAACUCUCCAGACUCCACCCAGAAGUGGGUGGCUCCCUCUGAGGGAAACCAGAACAGCCCUCCUUUGCUUCCACCUGAACAUCAACCCAUCCAGCCCCAGGAAUUUCGUCACCACAACUACGCAGACAUGGAGCUCUUCCUACGCAAGUACAGCAGCGAGUUCCCCUCUAUUGCCCAUCUUUACUCUAUUGGCCGCUCUGUGGAAGACCGCGAGCUCUAUGUGAUGGUCAUCUCAGACAAACCCACUGUUCAUGAGCAUGGCGAGCCCGAGUUUAAGUAUGUGGCCAACAUGCAUGGUAAUGAAGUGGUGGGCCGCGAGUUGUUGCUCAACCUCAUUGAGUACCUGUGUCGUAACUAUGGUACUGACCCAGAGGUCACUCAGUUGGUCAACAACACCCGCAUUCACAUCAUGCCUUCUAUGAACCCUGACGGCUAUGAGGUAGCCACUGAAGGUGAUGUAAAGGGCUACAGAGGGCGCAAUAACAGCAACAAUUUUGACCUUAACCGCAACUUCCCGGACCAGUUUACCACAAUCACAGAGCCCAGACAGCCAGAGACUAUAGCUGUGAUGAACUGGCUGAAGAGCAUCCCCUUUGUCCUGUCAGCCAACCUCCAUGGAGGUUCCCUGGUGGUCAACUACCCCUAUGAUGACGACAAAGAAGGGACAGUUCAGUACAGCCAGUCGCCUGACGACAAGGUCUUUCAGCAGGUGUCUAGAGCAUACUCACAGGAGAAUCCUCUGAUGCACAAUGGACACCCUUGUGAGGACCUGUACCCUGAUGAAUAUUUUGAGGAUGGCAUCACCAAUGGUGCCAACUGGUACAAUGUUCCUGGUGGCAUGCAGGACUGGAACUACUUAAACACCAACUGUUUUGAGGUGACCAUUGAGUUGGGCUGUGCAAAGUACCCUAUGGCCAAGGACCUGCCUAAAUACUGGGAACAAAAUCAAAGAGCCUUGCUUCAGUUUAUACAUCAGGUCCAUAUUGGAGUAAAGGGCACAGUCUCUGACAGUAGUGACGGUACAGGAAUUCCUAAUGCCACCAUUACUGUGGCGGAGAUAGACCACAACAUCACCACGGCUCAUACUGGAGACUACUGGAGACUGCUGGCCCCUAACACUUACUCUAUCACAGCCUCUGCUCAUGGGUAUAUGCCUGUGAGAACCUAUGCCACAGUCUCAAAUGAGAGAGUGGAGGUGGUGGACUUCAGACUGACACGUUUACACUCAGACUCUAAAGGCCAGUCUCAAAACGGCCCUCGACCCACACAGAACCCAUCUGAGAAGGAGUUUCAGAGCCUAAUCAAGGACCUCUCUCUAGGCCAGGGUUUGGAGCAGUUGGUCAGGAGCACAGCCACAGAGAACAGCUUCCGCUACCAACGCUACAAAGAAUUGUCCGCGUUCAUGAGGGGCCUCACUCUCAACUUUCCCGAAAUUACAUCCUUACACAGUUUGGGCCAAAGUGUAGAGUUUCGAACCAUUUGGGCUCUGGAAAUCUCCAACAAACCAGAUGAACCUGAACCAUCUGAACCCAAAAUCCGCUUUGUAGCAGGGAUCCAUGGCAAUGCCCCGGUGGGCACAGAGCUGCUGCUAGAGUUUGCCGCUUUCCUGUGUAUCAACUACGGCAAGAACCCAGCCAUCACCAGGCUGAUCAACGAGACCCGGAUUGUUAUUGUGCCCUCUAUCAACCCAGAUGGACGAGAACAGGCUGUGGAGAAGCAGUGCACUUCCACCCAGGGCUUGACCAAUGCUCACGGCAAGGAUCUGGACACAGAUUUCUUUGGCAAUGCAUCACAGCGUGUGGUGGAGGCCCAACCAGAGACCAGAGCGAUGAUGGACUUGAUUCUUGAAAAGAGCUACACUCUCUCUGUUGCCCUCGAUGGAGGCGCCCUUGUCACUACUUACCCUUAUGACAAGCCUGUCCAGUCUGUUGAAAAUGAAGGCACAUUGAAGUACUUGGCGAGUGUUUAUGCCAACAACCACCCCAAGAUGCACCUUGGGGACACUGGAUGUUCAAAUAGUGGACAGAUGGGCAACAUCCCUGAUGGAGUUAUGAGGGCAGCAGAGAGACAAAGUCACAUGGGGAGCAUGAAGGAUUUCAGCAUGGACUUUGGCCACUGUCCAGAAAUCACAGUGUAUACUGGCUGCUGUUUGUUCCCCCCUGCCGAGCAGCUGGCCACACUCUGGGCUGAGAACAAGAAGGCUCUCCUAAGCAUGUUGGUGGAGGUCCAUAAAGGUGUGCGUGGUGUGGUGAGGGACAAGAGUGGAAAGCCUAUUGUUGGGGCAAUCAUUGUUCUGAAUGGGGGUGUGAGAGUCUUUACUGCAGAGGGCGGAUACUUCCAUGCGCUGCUGGCUCCUGGCAACCACAAUAUUGAAGCUGUUGCUGAUGGCUACCAACAACAACGUCAAGAGGUGGUGGUCUCUUCCUAUGAAGCUGCUAGCUCCAUCAUCAUUGAGUUUGACAUGGACAACAGCAUCUUUGGCCUGCCCAGAGAGUUUGUGGUGGCCAGUGCAGCGGCUUCGAUGACAGCAUUGGUGGUGACGGCGUGCAUCAUCUGGUGUGUGUGCACAGCCAAGUCUAAUCGUCAGAAGGACGGCUUCCACCGUUUGCGACAGCACCGCGAUGAUUAUGACGACGAGAUCCGGCUCACUUCUAUGGGCUCCAAAAAGUCCCUGCUCGCCCACGAGUUUCAGGAUGAGAGUGAAAGCGAUGAAGAGACACUGUAUGCCAACAAAAUCUAAGAACAGUUGCACCAAUUUGGCUGUUGGCUCAGUAUUUUUCUUUUGAUCUCCCCCUUAAAUCAAACCCCUGGCCAACAAGGUACAGGUUGAACUUUGGGCAGCAUCUCUCUCUCUUUAUGACUGAGAUAUAAGAGUGACUGAAGACACUUUGUUCUGUUAUACCAAUAAGCUCUGAGCACUCACUUCUGGUCACACGGUUAUUAGUGCAACUAAAUCAAUACUUAGAAGAACAUCAUGCUGGUGUCUUGACUGAAGGGCUUGCUUUUUUUUGUGCUGCAUCUCUGCUUGAUUGGUUCAACAAAAGGACAGAGGUUGAAGGUGACAGAGAGGGAGAGGGAGGAAGAGGUUUGGUCCACUGUGGCUCUCAUCCGUCCUUUUUGCAGGUUUUUGAGUCCCGCAGCUCUUUAUUUUUUAUUUUUUUGGUUUGAUUCCGAGCCAUUUAAGCGUGCUCUUGAAGACCACUACCUGUCCUGCCAGGCUGAGGGGUCAAGCCGAUAAGUCCAAAUAAACAUUUGUUUAGUGGAUGUGUAAUGAACUCUGGAUUGAAGUGCUUAAUCUCUCUCAAUCUCCCCACUGAUAUGUCAUCACCAUGUGUUUCUUUCAGUUCUACUUUGAGCAAGGAAAUCAGAAGUAUCAUCUGUUUGUUUGAUUUAAGAUGCCAUUGCCACGUUGAAGUGUCCGAGCCUUUUGGAGACUGAAUCCAAUACUGUGCCUUGGCUUCUGUAAAGUUUACAGUCUGGUCUGGCUGUAGUAUGUGACAGAAAGCAGCAACAAAGUGAAGAGAUGAUACUUGGUCCAUGUUUGAAUUUUAUCCAUCCUAUACUCAGGUGGUAGGAAGAGAGAGAAAUUAUGAUUAAAGGACUGCUCAAUUCCAAUGUUGCACUGUUUCUGCACAGAUGACUCUAGGCUAGCUGAUCUGGAUUCAAUAGUUUUGUAUUUUUCCAGCGAGUCAGUGUUGUGGCCAAAAUCAUAAUGCGAGCUUCUCGAAAGCUUUAAAACAUCAGGGAGAAUCUGUUGAAUGAAACCCUUCUCAGUUAGUGCAGGGUCCUCUGAUGUAUGCACGGAGGUCGCUUGAACAAAAUGGAAAGCAAGGAUCGUCCCGUAUCAUUGGCCAAGAACAAAACUCUGAAUCUCAAAAUAGGUAAUCGUGAAAAGAAUGUGUAUAUGUUUUUUUCUUUUUGGAUUUAAUGGGUUUGUUUUAGGAUCAUUUCAAACUGUCUAUACAUGGAACAUUGCUGAGUUUCUCAUGUCACAUUGAGUCUGUGCCCUGUUUUUGAUCAAGAAUGUGCAUUUUUACCAUGUCUACAAUCUCACUAUAAGGAAUAUCAAUAUUGUUUUCAUUUGACUAUCUUAAUGUGUUUUCCCCACUAAACAAUACUAUGAAUAUGACAAAAGUCGUACCAGCUUUGUCCGUCCAUUAAUGAUCAAGAAGUCAGUGUCACCUGCCACCUCGAAACUUAUUGUAAAACAAAGAGGACAUAGGUAAUAAUCCAUUUGACUAAGAAGUGCAUGUUCCUUCAAACACUCAGCGGGGACAAUGACAGAUUGCCUUAGUGGCUUUAAAGAACAGUGUAGUCUGGUGUGAAAUGAUAAUGCAGUAAUUUGCCAUCUCUCAUUUCUCUGAAGGUCAUUGGACAACAAAAUCUGAAUGGGGUUUAUGGACAAAUCAAGGGAGCAGGUUUGUGUGCAGACGUGCAAGUGAACUGGAGAGUUAUUAGAAGAAAAAGUGAGACCGCUAUGUUAAUACUGUGCUCAAAUGUCCUCUAUGGCAGUGAAUUUCACUUCUAGCAAAUCAGGUGACCUGCCAAAAACCAAACGAAUAUGGUUUUCCUUACAUUAGAAAUCCACGUGGAACUAUUCCUAACUAAAUUGAAAUUGUUGCACAGGAUCAUUUAACCAUCAGGUGGCUCUGAGAUUGGGGAUGCUCUGCAUGUUUUUCAUCACAUACAUACAUGAAUACACAAUUGUUUGCUAAAGAAUUUGCCUUGAUUUCCAGCUACUUGGAGAAGAUAUUCUUUCAUUCUAACAGAUGCAGCUGUCAGUCACGUUAAACCUGAUAUCUGUGUAGAGAGACAGUUUUGUACAUUAUUUUUCUUUCCUAUACUGUCUGUGAAUGCGUGUGUAUGAAUUUUGAAAGUUGAGCGUGUGUCAGGGUCACGCUGUGUUGGUGUGAAGAUUUUAUAUGAACUGGAAUUGGCUGUAAAUAAUAUUUGCUACUUGUGAAUGGGAAAAUAAGUGCAGUUCAUGUCCACCAUGAAUCUGCACACAGCAAAAGAUUUCGUAAGAACCUCUGUGUGAUCGUGACACGCUAACAUGCACAAAGACCCAUAAAACACAAUGAAAUAAAAACCUCUCACAAUGUG